GCGAAAAGGCGCAAGCAGUCAGAUAUCGACAAGUAUGGAGGCGCGCCCGCCCCGCCCCGCACCGCGCAGCAUGGACUGGGUCGACAAAGACGUGGCAGAAGAGCGACCGGCAGCUGUCGUGGCGCUACCGCCGGCGCCGGCGCCACGCAUUGCGCCGACUGCGGAGCCGUUCGCCGGCCUCGCCCGCAAGCGCAUCGUGCCCCGAAGCUUUUCUGAGAAUGAGGCCGCGCCGUCCGAAGAGAAGGCGUCGCCGCGCAUGACCACGCGAACCAGUGCGAGAAGCUACGACGAGGCAGCAACCUUCUUGCCCAAGUCGCGAGCAACGCUCGUGGAGGAGCUCACGGCCAAGUACAUGGGCGAGGCUUCCACGCGCCCGCGAGAGCUGUCACCACCUAUGACGUCUGCAUCGCUGAGCUUCCACGAAGCGUCUUUGCAUCGCGCACCGAGCUACGUGCCACCUUCGCCCAUGACCGCAUCGUCCAUGAGCGACCAGAACGCAUCGUACAUCGCAACGAUCCAGCCGUCGAGUGUGUCCGAGGUUGCCGCGGCUGACCACGUGGUGCAUCGGCUAAUGCAAGACGCAUACCGGGCCAUUGACGAGAUGAAGCAGGCCCAUCAAGUGCUCUUCAAUAGCGACACGCAACCGCAGCGCUACGACAGCAUUCUGGCCGAAGCAGCAGCCACGAGCGUCGAGACUGCGACACGCGCGCUGACUCGGGCCCGCGAUCACUUCCGUGACUAUUGCUCUGUUGCCACGCAAUUUGCACAAGAUGACUCGAUUGCGUCAUCAUCUUCCGUCCGCGAGUUCGCGUAUGCACUCGAGGCGAGGUCGCAAGGUGAUCGCUACGAGCCGUCGGAGCUACGAGAGUCGCCAUCGAAAUCAAAGUCAGCUGAGAGCUGGUCGACGUACGUAGCUGGACGAGAAGCGACACGCGAGGCCACGCACUCGUCACCUGAGGCAGCCAAAUACUCGAAAGCAGAGGUUUACUAUGCUUCGGCUCCGGCCCGUGCGUGGUCACCAAGCUCCGAGCCCGUCGACGCUCGUCCCAGCAUUGGCGCGUACCAAAGUCCAGAAACCUUCCAGCCCACAUGUAUGAGUGCCAGGUCGUUCUUGGACCGUCACCAAGACGAGAACACGGGACGAGGAGGCGAGAUGCUGGACAGAAGUCCCACGGCGUUGGACUCUGAGUGGUCGAGUCGCCCACCAGCCAAGAGUUAUGAGGUCGACGCAUCGUCGCGUUAUGCGACGGUGCCAGCACCGUCGCAGCGAAGCUACAGCUUCCAGGAGACCAAGAGCGAUCACUACAGCAGUCCUCGUCACGAGAAUCUGUCGUUUGCCACAAGAGAGAAGACAGAGCCGACCGAGUACAAGCCAACACUUGCAUUUGCCCAGCAGCAUGCAUCUGCAGCGAGCCCUACCCAACCGGUCACAACGCCCGAAGGACGCAACUCGAUGUUUGCAGAUUUCGACCGGAAAAUGCAGGAAAUUCGCAUGUCGCUGAGCGCGAUUGCGUCGCGCGAGCCGUACACAGGCGGCAACGCGCGCGAAGCGUCGGCACCCGUUGAGACGCCGCAGGCCAACUACCGCGGGUCGUUUGAAGAAUACUUAAAAGAGUUCAAGCGCGAUCUACACCAGGAACGAGGCUACAGCCAAGAAAGCCCCAUCAUGGACAAGUACAAAUCGAGCUCGGAUCGACCGUAAGCUCAACUGCGUGGUGGCACCCGAUGCAGCCGUGGUUGACAAAUGAAAUAAGAAAUGAUAUGUAUAAACGUCAAUGAAGCAUUGAGUCAGGACAGCUG